UUUUUUUAUAAAGGCUCAAAAGAGCUUAAUUUCCAAAUUCAGUUAAAUUUUCAGAUCAUUUUGCUGCCUCAACAGUCAAUUCAAAUCCAACCUAGAGAGAGAGAGAAAGAGAGAGAGAGAGAGAGAUGUUGCAGUGUAUAUUUCUUCUAUCAGAUUCUGGGGAGGUAAUGCUUGAGAAACAGCUCACUGGACAUAGGGUUGAUCGGUCCAUAUGUGCUUGGUUUUGGGAACAAGUAAUAUCACAAGGUGAUUCCUUCAAGCUUGUGCCAGUAAUUGCUUCACCUACACAUUACAUUUUUCAAGUUGGCCGUGAGGGUAUCACAUUCUUAGCAUGCACCCAAGUUGAAAUGCCGCCUCUAAUGGGGAUUGAGUUCCUUUGCAGGGUAGCCGAUGUCCUCUCUGAUUAUCUUGGAGGGCUCAAUGAAGAUGUGAUAAAAGAUAACUUCGUCAUCGUAUAUGAGCUUCUGGAUGAGAUGAUCGAUAAUGGCUUCCCUCUCACGACAGAGGCAAACAUUCUAAGAGAGAUGAUAGCUCCACCAAAUAUUGUUAGCAAAAUGUUGAGUGUUGUGACUGGUAACAGUUCCAAUGUGAGCACCACCCUUCCAAGUGCGACGGCAUCUUGUGUUCCAUGGAGGACAACAGACCUGAAACAUUCAAGUAAUGAAGUUUAUGUUGAUCUUGUUGAGGAAAUGGAUGCAACUAUCAACAGGGAUGGAGCCCUGGUGAAAUGCGAGAUAUAUGGUGAAGUUCAAGUGAAUUCUCACCUCUCUGGGCUUCCCGAUUUGACUCUUUCUUUUGCAAAUCCUUCUAUUCUGAAUGAUGUGAGAUUCCAUCCUUGUGUUCGGUUUCGUCCAUGGGAAUCCGACCAGCUUCUGUCCUUUGUGCCUCCUGAUGGGCAGUUUAAGCUCAUGAGUUACAGGGUGAAAAAGUUGAAGAGUACUCCAAUAUAUGUAAAGCCGCAGCUAACCUCAGAUUGUGGGACGUGCCGUGUGAACGUUAUGGUUGGAAUGCGGAAUGAUCCUGGGAAAACAAUUGACUCAAUUACCGUGGAAUUUCAACUGCCUCCUUGCGUUUUAUCAGCUGAUCUGACCUCAAAUCAUGGAACAGUACACAUCCUUGCUAAUAAGACCUGCUCUUGGUUAAUCGGACGGAUCCCAAAAGAUAAAGCCCCAUCUAUGUCUGGGACGCUACUCCUUGAGACGGGUUUAGAGCGCCUUCACGUAUCCCCCACAUUUCAAGUGGGUUUCAGGAUCAUGGGUGUUGCUCUUUCUGGACUGCAAAUAGAUAAGUUGGAUCUGAAGAACUCACCUAAUCGCCCAUACAAGGGUUUUCGAGCUCUUACGCGAGCAGGGGAGUUUGAAGUUAGGUCAUAGCCUUGACUGUUGUGCCAAUGUGGGUUCUGAAAUGGAGAUGCUCCUGCUAGGUGUGUGAUCCUUCCUGUGGUUUUUCUGUUCUUGAAUCUGAGUUCCAUGGCAUGGGUUUUCAGCAGAGUGCUUGUACUAUUUUGUAGAAAUUUAUUCUGUCAUAAUUUGCCAAUCAGAUGGAGUGAAAGGACUAGGAAGCACAAAGAUUGUCAAAAUCUACGGGAGAAAUCCACGACUGUAAACUUAAUUUGGCAAUGCAAUAGCUGUAAGAUUUGAUUCGA